CUGUGACAUCAAUGUAAACAAGAGAGGCUGAGAUUCAAGAUUUUUGUUUUCCCGGGGAGCAGUUUUUAGAGAAAUUCUCCUUGAUCGAGUUGAAAUAUACCACUGCGCCUCUUUAUCCACAAUGGAAUGCGCAAGUCAUCACCCACCUCCCCGGGAUGGAUCAAACCUGGAGAUGUCAUGCGUGUGAGAAAAUUGAAGGCCAAGCGCAAGGCUCUGCAAGCGCGCAUGAGUGCCCUCACCCCCUUGCAAAUCCUGGCCCCAGCGAAAGGACUCAGCGACACCCAGAAGGCCGUGGAAUCAAAGAGAAGAAUCCAUCAAGUGAGUUUGGUAAAGGGGGCCUGUGCUGUCUUACAACAGCAGGAGGAGACUCUCAUCAAGGCAGAGUGCGGUUCAAGUAAACAAGCCGCUCUACCAUGGAAACACAAUUUUAAGACAUCAGAGGAAGCCUCUGGGACAACAGGCUUCGUGCGCUGCCUGAACUCCACAUCAGAUAACAGUGAAGACAGAACCCUUGACACAUCACCAAAUGCCCAGUUCUAUCAGUGUUGCCUCAUCUGGCAGUACCCCAGUCUGCCUUGGCUCCAGCUCUUUCCCCGGGACAACUUGAAAGUUACGACACAGACGGGACUCUUCGGCACUGACAAGAAACUGGGAGACGCUAUUCAUGCUGAGUGGAGCGAAAGCCUGCGUUCACUCCACCAGCUGCUGCGUGUGAGGCAAUGUCCGUACUUCUAUGUCUGUGGCCCCACCUUCACGUGCCUAUUCCGAGCAGCAGGCGUGGCAGGCAUUUCGCAAGCGCACGCCCUCAUCACACCAACAACUAGGGGUUUUAGAGAAGCCAUGAAGAAUGAAGACAUUGAAUUUGAAAUGCCAUUCCACAACAACGGCACAAAGAAUGGACAGGAUCCAGGCAACGAACAGGGGGGCAGGAUGCAGGAGCCUCAGCAGGAAGAUGAGGAAGAAGAGGAGGAGGAGGAAGAAAAGGAGGAGGCUACUUCCUGGCUAGAGAAUCUUGGGGUCGAAACCUCGCAGUUCCCUAAUCUGAACCCCAAUCGCGUAAAGCUAGAAAGAGAAAAGUUCAAGAAUGUAGAUAAAACAGCCGCAUCCCUGGUGUAUGUGGAAGGGAUGGAGACCCAGGGCCUCAUCAACUUCCUCUUGAACAGCCGCAGUUGUGUGGGUACCACGGGACUCUUGGCCGGAGUGCCGCCCACUCUCCUGGCCCCUGUGGCCUUUCAGGGCAGCACACUCAAGACACUCAAGGCCAAAGGAAGUGUGAUCCGGCAGGAGGGUGACAUGCACCACAGUAUGGAGGUGUCAGGCCCCAUCCUGCCCCACACUGUGCAUCAGCUGUGCUCCCUCCUCUCCCUAGCGACAGACAGCUACACCCUCUCACUUGUCCCUGUUCCGUCCACACUUCCCUUCUCGCAGCACAGCCACCAUGAUGCGGAUGCUGCUCCUCAGGCUUUUGCACAAGAAGGCCUGGUGGACUGUGGGUUCGAUGCCAGCGUGCGCUCCCUCAUUUGCACUCCACAUAGAACAGAACAGGAGGAGACGGACUUGCCACCAACGUACCGUGAAGUUACAUACAAAGAUAAAAAGUUCACGUGGACUGACAAAUUACAAUGAAAGUGAUGUUAGGCUUCAUUUUGUACAAAUUUUUAAUCAUUAUUAGGAUUGUAAGUGCCAUAGCAUUCAUUAUUAUCAAUAUUAUCAAUAUUUUAUUUAAUUUUUAUUAUUAUUAUUUUUUAAUAAUCAAGUUUGUGACAUUAUCCUUAAAUCCUUGACUCCCUAAAAUAAGUGAUUUCAUUUUGAUUAUUAUAAUUUAUUUUUUCUUUACCGUCAUUUGUAAAAAAUGUGAGAAACAUAAUUGAGUGCUACCCUCAAGUGACAUUAUAUUGACCCUUUCAUACUAGGACUUGUGUAGCAAAUUUCUAGCACAAUCACAGGUGUUGCAGCAUUGGUCGGAAAGAAAAAAAUGAGAAAUGUUUUCAGUUUGACAGUGAGGUGAAAAUUAUAUUAUGUCGUGUAUGUCUUGCAUCCUGAUAGUUUUGUGUAUAUGAUAGUAAAUGUAAAAAAAAAAAGAGAGAGAAAGAGAAAAGUAAAAACUUGAAACCCAGUGAAGAAUCUGUGUGAGUAAUAUAAAACAAAAAUAUGGAAUUUUAUAAUAGAAAUGUGACUUGUCUGACAAAUACUUAAGAAUUUUAUACUGGAAGAAUGACCGAGAGCUCCUUCAUGUAUAAGAAAGAGCAGUAAUUUUCUUAGAGAAAUAAAUUACUUUCUUUUCUUGUGAGAAUUCUGCUUUACUUCUUAUUCUUUUUUACAGAGAAUCUUAUUUUUAUGAGAUUGUUUUAUAUAGAUAUCUCCUGAUGUUUUAUUGCUAAUGUAAAUAAUGUGUCAUUAAUGUGGAAAAUAUAUGUUUUAGCAUUAA